AUGCAUGGCUCAUCGGCUCUCUCCCCCUCCCUAGAAGACAUUCCAGAAAUCCGAUUGUUUCCUUCCGAAUACAAAAGGCACGCGCACAAUAGCCUUUUCUUACCGAUUAUUGGGGCAAUUUGUGUCUUCAUCGUCAUUGUCUGCCUAUUGGGCCUGUAUUUCCGCUAUCGUCAUGGUCAAGCUAACCACAACCGAGUGCAAGAGGUAGAAAUGCAACAGAUUAGUGGUGCGGUUGAACCUGAUAUCGUACUUGAGGGACUCUCGAAGAUCAUUUACCACCCUGGCAGCUCCGCUGGCGCUGUACCCUUCCAACAGGACAGGUGUACGUUGUGCCUGUGCGACUAUGAUGAUGGGAACGAGCUUACUUUGCUAAGCUCUUGCGGCCAUGUCUACCACUCCGAGUGCAUAGGAGAGCACUUGUCCAGGAACACAAUAUGUCCCAUUUGCCGUAAGCCUGUCUCACCUGUACAUGGAGUCUCAUAA